AUGAAAUUCCUCAACUUCAUUAUCCUUGGCUCUUUGGCCACCUUUACCUCAGCAGAUGGCGGUUAUGCAAGCCACUGCAAGAACAUGACCCUCGUUAACGAAAAUAAUCAAGCAGGCCUGAGGGCUUACUGCGAAGGAAGCUCCGGUGGCUCCCAGUGUAGCAUCCUCCCCCUAAACCUCUGCUACUCUUCAGAUGCGGGCAUAGUUAAACCGCAAGACAGGGGAGACCUUAGCAAACGAUGUCCUCCCAAACGCGCCAAGCUUAAUAGCACAAUACUAAGCAGUGGAUGUCAUAAAUGGGGAUCCAGGAAGACACACCUGAUGUGGACCGAUGUCGACACCAAUGAGCUUAUUAUUUCAGAAAAUGGUAUUCUGAAAUGCUUUGGCAACCGGGCCCUUACCCCUCCUGACUGCGAACAGAGACCGGCGGGAUCUGGUACAGAAGGUAAUGAUGUGCCCAUUGUCCUAGUCGCUUUCUUAUGCAUUUUAUUGCCAGCGAUCAUGUUGUGGUGAGAGAAAGCGAGAAGACAGAGCAUUAGAAGGUUCGUAUGAUGUGGAGUAGCUUCUUAUAGAUGGGAUGGAAUGACCAAAGGCCUUCCUGCGCUUGGUAGAGGAUGGAUCUGCUUUAUUUUCCGAUCACGGAUAUGGAACGGAUGCGUAAGGCCUAAUAACCUAGGUAAUUCUCGAUGGCAAUGAAAAUGAUCUAAU